AUGGGUUGCAUCAAUUCCAAGCCCGCGGAGGCGGACAAGGAGGCGUUUCAGCGCAAUGCCCGCAUCGAGCGGACCAUCAAGUCUGACAAGAAGACAAUGGAUCGCACAAUUAAGAUCUUGCUGCUAGGCGCCGGAGAGUCUGGAAAGUCAACCAUCAUCAAACAAAUGCGCAUCAUUCACAGCCGGGGCUUCCCGGAAGAAGAACGCCAUCAAACUCGCGCUGUCAUCUACUCGAAUAUUGUUAUUGCGUUCAAGGUCCUGCUGGAAAUCAUGAAUGCCGAAAACAUUGACUUCGAAAGCGAAAAAACACAGCCAUUGGCGGACCUAUUAGACAAAACAGAAGCGGAUGUUGGAUCGGACGAGGCUUUCUCUGACUUAAAGGUUCGCGAUGCUAUGCGAGGCAUGUGGAAGGACUCGGGUGUUCAACAAGCGGUUGCUCGCGGGCACGAGUUUGCAUUGCAUGACAACCUGGUCUACUUUUAUGACUCUUUGGACCGCAUUUUCGCCCCAGGGUGGCUUCCCGACAACCAAGAUAUGCUGCAAGCGCGACUCCGGACAACAGGUAUCACAGAGACCUUGUUCGAGCUUGGGCAAAUGAGCUUCCGCAUGAUGGAUGUUGGUGGUCAACGGUCAGAACGGAAGAAGUGGAUUCAUUGCUUCGAGGGUGUUCAGUGUCUAUUGUUCAUGGUGGCCCUGUCUGGCUAUGACCAAUGUCUCGUCGAGGAUCAGAACGCGAACCAAAUGCAUGAGGCCAUGAUGCUGUUCGAGUCCCUUGUCAAUGGCGAAUGGUUCAAGCGGAAACCCAUUAUUCUUUUCCUGAACAAGAUGGAUCUGUUCAAAGACAAGCUCGCCAUCUCCCCUAUCUCCAAACAUUUCCCCGACUACACAGGCCCGGAUACCGACUUCGAGGCUGCUUACCGGUAUUUCGCGGAGCGAUUCCGCGGUAUCAACCGCAUCCCCGAUCGUGAAAUCUACAUCCAUAAAACGAACGCCACCGACACCCAGCUCCUGAAGGUCACCAUGGACUCGGUCCAAGAUAUGAUCAUUCAAAAGAACCUCCACACUCUCAUACUCUAA